AUGGCUACGUCUUCUUCUUCAUCUGUUUCUUCGACAAAUCUUCAAGCAAAGCACCAUGUUUUCCUCAAUUUCAGAGGCCCCGACUCUCGCCACAGUUUCACCAGUCAUCUCCACGAAGCUCUGAGACAGAAAAAGAUUAUAACUUUCAUUGAUGAUAAACUCAUGCCAGGAGAUGAAAUCUCACCCUCUCUUCUGAAUGAGAUCGAAGGAUCGAAGAUUGCGAUUACCAUUUUCUCAAAAGACUAUGCGUCUUCGAAAUGGUGUCUCGAAGAACUUGUGAAGAUCAUUGAAUGCAAAAACAUUCAUGGACAGAUCGUGAUACCCGUUUUCUAUCAUGUUUGUCCGUCCGAGGUAAGGAAUCAAACCGGGAGUUUCGGAGAUGGAUUUGCUAAGCUAGAAGAACGAUUUAAGGAACAACCGGAGAUGGUGCAGAGAUGGAAGACUGCUCUGAGUCAAGCAGCCAAUAUAUCUGGCUGUUUUUUGAAUGACAAUACGUCUGAAGCUGAAAUUGUGAAGAAGAUUGUGGAUAAUAUAUUGAGGAGUUUGAGGAAUAUUAUUUCUCCGAGUACUAACAAGAACUUGGUUGGAGUAGAAUCAGCCAUGGAAGAACUGAUUAAGUUGUUAUUGAACAAAGAUGUUUGCAGUUUAGGAAUCUGGGGCAUUGGCGGUAUAGGCAAAACAACUAUUGCUCGUGCUGUAUUCAACAAAAGCUCGAAUGACUUUGAAGGAUUCUACUUUGCUGAAAAUAUUAGAGAAGAAUCAGGAAAUCCAAAUGGGCUCAUUCACUUGCGAGAAAAGCUUCUUUCUACUAUACUAGGAGAUCAAAAUCCCAACAUGGGAAGGCUUGGCGCAAUGAAGACUUUGAUUGUUUUUGACGAUGUCACAAAUUUUCAACAGAUAGAAGAUUUGAUUGAAGAUUAUGAAGAUUUAGGUUCAGGAAGCCGGGUAAUUAUAACAACAAGAGAUAAGCAAGUGCUUGAGAAAGGCAAAGUAAAUAAGAUCUAUGAAGUUAAAAAAUUAUCUUAUCUAGAAGAUUUGCAUCUUUUCAGCCAGUAUGCUUUCAAACAAAAUCUCAUCCCAGAAGAUUACUUGAAGCUCUCAAAUAGAGUAGUAAAUUAUUCUCAAGGUCUUCCUUUAUCUCUCAAAGUGUUGGGUUCAUCUCUAUUUAACAAGAGCAUACAAGUUUGGGAAAGCACAAUAAGUAAACUAGAAGAAACUCCUCCUUUGAUUGUUUACAAAGUGUUAAAAGUAAGCUUUGAAGGACUGGAUGAAGAGGAGCAAGAUAUAUUUUUAGAUAUUGCAUGUUUUUUCAGGUGGAAGGACAAAGAUAUGGUGAUGAAAGUCUUGAAUGCAUGUGACUUGAAGGCAGAGCGUGCAAUAAGUGAUCUUAUUGAUAAGUCUCUCAUAGCUAUUUCAUCAGACAAUAUAAUAACCAUGCAUGAUUUGCUUCAAGAAAUGGGAAGGAAAAUUGUUCGGGAGGAAAAGGAUAUUGGCAAACGAAGUCGAUUGUGUCAUCAUAAGGAUCUUUAUCAUGUCUUGACAAAAAAUACGGGAAUUGAAAUCGUUCGAGGCAUAUGCAUGGACAUGUUUCAAAUAGGAGAAGUACACUUAAAUCCUCUUGCUUUCUCAAAUAUGCAUAGCUUGAAAUUCUUGAAGGUCUGUGGAGCUGUUAAUAACAAGGUGCAUGAAUUUCAAGACUUGGAAUUCGAUUUUCUUGAGCUAAGAUACAUCUGUUGGAAUAAUUAUUGGUGGAAAUCUUUACCACGUAAUUUUAAUCCGAAGAAUCUGGUUGCUCUUGAGAUGCGCUAUUCUAAUCUUAAAGAACUUUGGAGUAGGGUCCAGCCUCUAAUUAAUUUAAAGUACAUUGACCUGAGUUACUCAAAGCAUCUGCGUAAGAUUGCUGAACUCUCGCAGGCUUCAAAUCUUGAAAGUUUGAUUCUGGAAGGCUGUACAAGUUUGAUUGAGAUCAUUUUCCCCUCUAGUAGGAAGCUCAAUAACCUUGUUACUCUGAAUCUAAGAAAUUGCAAGAGCCUCCAGGGUCUUCCACCGGGUAUUCUUCAAUCAAAUUCUCUGAGAUUUGUUAAUCUUUCAGAUGGCAUCCUUAAGCUGAAAUCUCUCAAGUAUCUGUCUCUCUCCGGUUGCUCAAACGUCAAGACAAUUCCAAAGAUCUCAUGGCAAGAGCUGGUGCAUUCUCUUCCUCGUGUGUUAUCAGGUUUGUCGUUUUUGAAGAAACUAAACCUGAAUGAGUGCAAUAUCAUAGAAUUACCAAACAGUCUUGGCGAUUUAUCCUCCCUGAAGGAUUUAAAUCUUUCUGGAAACAAUUUUAACAGCAUUCCAACAACAAUCAUCAACCUUUCAAAGCUGUCGUCGCUUAACUUGAGCCACUGCAACAUGCUUCAAUCCUUGCCAAACCUUCCUGGUAACAUAAAACUUUUGGUAGCAGAUAGCUGCAAAUCUCUCCAAGCAUUAUCCGGCUUGCCGAUUCCAAGCCAAGGCUAUUUCAACGGUAAUCUCAGCUUCAUAAAUUGCUUCAAUCUCGACUGGAGAAUGCUCACAAACAUUCUGGAUUACGCUUUGUCAAAUAUGUAUGAGAAAACCUAUUACACCCACAAGAGUCCUACCCGUUACAUGUGUUUCCGAGGAAGCGAAAUUCCAGACUGGUUUAACGUUCAAAGUACUGCGUCAUUUCUGGAGCUCCCAGAAGGCUCGUUAAGUCAUAAUUUCAUUGGCUUCACCUUCUGCACAGUGUUAUCAUUCCAGGACUAUAAAGCUGGUACGUUGGUUGUUGAGUGGGAGAUGCUUCUGAAAAGCAAGGAUGGCUUGAAGACAAUGGGAAGCGGCGGCUUUUUAGCCUGGACCAAAGAGUAUGCGCCGUCCAAUGUGGAGUUUGAUUAUGUGUUUCUGGGAUAUGAUGUUCAGGUGGAUGAUAAAUCAGAAUGGGACGGAUUCUCUGAGGCCAUUAUCAAGUUUCGUGUUACGGAUUAUCAUCGGAGCCCUUUGGAUGAUUGCGUGGUGAAGAAGUGUGGCGUCCGUUUAUUGUUGAGCCAGGAGGAAUCAAUGAAUGAAUCCGGCUUGUGCUGGCUCUGCGACGAAGAAGAUGAAGAAGAUGAGCCACAGUCCAAGAGAUCGAAGCUUUUAGAAUCCUUCUAA